UAACGUUGUUUACGUGCACUUUUAAUGGCGAAAAUGCAUUACAUAAACCAGUCACCUGUUCUCUCGCGUAGUUUCGAUAUAUUACACCUUCGUACAAAGGGAUAGCGGACAAAAUGAGGACAUCGCUAAAAUCAUAUCACCUUUUCCUGAUCCUACUCAAACUCGCUGAAGGGCUUGAUGAUAUAACUAACUUUACAACUCUGACAGAGAACGUGCAAAAGUUCUACUUGGCCAAGAGUAUAUUUAUUAUUUACAAUAAGCCUAAAACCGAUUUUGAUAUUGAACGAAUAAUAUUCGAGGCAAUAAAAAUAUUCUCAAGUAAGUAUUCCAUGUCACAAGCGAUCACCUACAACGAGCUGCGACAGAAACCCCCUCACCGAGACAACGUUUUACAUACGCUGCUGAUACAAGAUCGGAAAAAUCUGCAGUUGGCGAUUAACGCAACCAGAAAUGUCGAGAUGUCAUUCAAUCCGUGGCUGUUAUUAUUUUCAAAAUCCUCAACUUUCGACUGCAACAAGCCCGGAAAGGGCUUUUUCAAUAUGCGAAUGGACACGAAAAUGGUGGCCAAGUGCUGGGACAACAAAGUUUUAAAGAGGUACUACAGUGUCUUCCCCGAUCAAACGGAAGUGAUUGACUUGGCCGAGUGGACACCGGAAAAUAAACUCAAGUUCAAGGAUUCCCAGAGUUUGCACGAAGUGGAGACGAAUAUGAGAGGGAUCGUGUUGAAGGUGGCCAGGCGAGCUUGCGACAUCGAGGCGGCGAACAUACACCUCACCAAUUUCCUUUCACAGCUGAUGAGGGAGUUGGAGACGUUCGGCAAUUUUAAAACGGAAGUCACCGUUCGUGAUGCGAGCUUGGGCUUCCGCGACGACAAUACUAUGCUUUGGUCAGGCUUGAUAAACGUGGUGCACGAGAAUAGAGUCGACAUCGGAAAUUUCUUAUUCAGCAUGUCUAGAACGAGGCUCUCGGCUGUUGACUUUGCUGCCCCGAUCGCGAAGGCCCGUUAUUAUCUGUUCGCUAAGCUACCGAAAUACAAAAAAGUCCGCUGGGCCGCUUAUUUUCAGGUCUUUGAUUUGUACAUUUGGGCAACGGUGGGCUUCUCAAUCCUGAUUGUUUCCAUCAUAUUGGUCCUUAUGAAGAGAGAGUGCCACGGCAAUUUCGUGCACACCUAUUUCGGCAAUUUCAUCAAUGUCUUGGGCAUUUAUUGCCAACAAGGACUUGCAGAAACUCCAACGAAUUCAUCGAUGCAGAUAAUUUAUUUCUCAAUUUUUACCUCGUCGCUGGUUUUGAACGCCAUUUACUCAGCCACCAUCACCAGCUACAUCACCCUCCUGUCGCCUACUUUGCCAUUUGCGACCUACGAAGAUUUCAAAUCGGAUGUUAGCUAUAAGGUGACUGUAGCCAAGAAUACCCGGGAUGAAACCCUUAUCUUGCAGUAUGGCUACUUGAAGUCUUUAAAGUCUCGACUGAAAAAUUCCUGCGAACUACCCAUUGACCCUUACGAAGGAUUUAAACAGGCGUGCGAACCGAAGACGGCAUUUUAUUCGGACGAAGUUCAGUUUAAUGGCAUUACAUACGGCGCGCCUUGUCAACUAGGCCGACUUGACAUGAAACGAGCUGAGUACGUGUCGCUGAUUUUAACGAAAAAUAGCCCUUACACAAAGGCUCUCAGCUACUUCAUCGAGCGUCUACGAGAUCACGGGAUUCUAGAGAGACUGAAAGAUAAGUACUUUUACAACUACACCGAGAUACCCAGAAAUGAGCCAAACAUCAUAAACUUUCAAGAGGUUUUACCAAUUCUCUCCGUGUGGAUCAUCGGAGUUGUUGUAACGUUAAUUAUGUGGUUCUCUGAAUUAAUCAUAUUUUAUUUGCCUUCUUUUUAUCGUUCUACGAAUAUUCGCAGUCCAUAAAAUGUCAA